AUGGCUUCGGCAACUCUGCUCAAGAACCUCGAAGGAUACAAUGGCGAUAUGCGGGAGGCAGGCCUCAGUCCUGAUAACUCACUCCUCGCGAUCUGUUCGUCUAAUGGCGGGUGCAUCAACAUCUACGACGUCAAUAACGGUGAUCUCCAAGCCAGCACUUUGGAACAUGAAAACAUGAUUUGGGAUCUUUCGUUCUCUGGCUCUAACCAAUACGUCCUCUCAGCUUGCGACGACGGUAUCGCUCGACUUUUUUCGACUGCGACUGGAGCUCUGGAAAGGCGAUUCAGCGAUGAGAAAGAAGGGUGGAGUGAUCAAAGGAUGUUUGUCGCACGCUUUACUCCCUGA